GCGGAGCCGCGGAAGGCGAGAGGCAGCCUGGGAAGUAGCGCCAUAUUGGCGGUGGCCGCGCUGUAUUGUCAUAAAUAGAGCCGGUUUUGUGGUGUUUUCACUACUCGGUUGAAUGCCUCGGCUGUAGAGAGUGGGGAAGUGAGCGAGCUACAAGCGAGCGAAGGGAAUUGGACAGAGGAAGGAAGAGAGGGCAAGAACAGGACCCCAAAGCGAAAGACACUCGCUGGAGAGAGACGCAGGAAGCGAUGAAAGAGAUGUCUGCGUAAGUGGGGGCGGCGGUUGAGGGCGAGGUGGAGAGAGGUGCGCUGAGGUGGGCAGCCCCGGCUUCCAGCCCCUGCGCCUGGCACCCUGCGCAGCCGGCCGGGACCUCUGCUUUCCGCUGCCCUCCACUCCGCAAGGGCAUCUCCCCUACCCGGGACUCACCUGGCCGCCCGGCGGGGAUUCGGGAGUCGCCGUCAGCCCCCCGCCGCCCGCCUCUGAGGACGCCCCCAGACCAGGAUGAGGGGGAAAGGCGCGUGUGGCUGAGGAGAAAAAACGAAACACUAUGCUGGACAGCCAGCGUCAACAGAAGCAUUAUGGAAUUACCUCUCCAAUUAGUUUGGCAUGUCCUAAAGAAAUUGAUCAUAUUUAUACACAGAAGUUAAUUGAUGCCAUGAAGCCAUUUGGAGUAUUUGAAGAUGAGGAAGAAUUGAACCACAGGCUGGUUGUUCUUGGUAAAUUGAACAAUUUAGUAAAAGAAUGGAUUUCUGACAUCAGUGAAAGUAAGAAUCUCCCACCUUCUGUUGUGGCUACUGUUGGUGGUAAAAUUUUCACAUUUGGAUCUUACAGGCUUGGAGUACACACCAAAGGAGCUGAUAUUGAUGCACUUUGUGUUGCCCCAAGACAUGUAGAGAGAUCAGAUUUUUUUCAGUCCUUUUUUGAAAAAUUGAAACAUCAAGAUGGCAUUAGAAACUUAAGAGCUGUAGAAGAUGCUUUUGUACCUGUUAUAAAAUUUGAAUUUGAUGGUAUUGAAAUUGAUCUAGUCUUUGCAAGACUGGCAAUACAAACCAUAUCAGAUAAUUUAGACCUAAGAGAUGACUCUCGCCUGAGAAGCCUUGAUAUACGGUGCAUUAGAAGUUUAAAUGGAUGUAGAGUUACUGAUGAAAUUUUGCACUUAGUGCCAAAUAAAGAAACUUUUAGACUCACCCUAAGAGCAGUCAAAUUAUGGGCAAAGCGCCGUGGUAUUUAUUCCAAUAUGCUGGGAUUCCUUGGUGGUGUCUCCUGGGCAAUGCUAGUUGCCAGAACUUGCCAACUGUACCCAAAUGCAGCAGCUUCAACUUUAGUUCACAAGUUUUUUUUAGUUUUUUCCAAAUGGGAAUGGCCAAAUCCUGUGCUGUUGAAGCAACCAGAAGAAAGCAACUUGAACUUGCCUGUCUGGGAUCCUCGGGUAAAUCCGUCAGACAGGUAUCAUCUUAUGCCAAUAAUUACCCCUGCCUACCCACAACAGAAUUCUACAUAUAAUGUGUCUACAUCAACUCGAACAGUAAUGGUAGAAGAAUUUAAACAAGGUCUUGCAGUUACAGAUGAAAUUCUUCAAGGGAAAUCAGAUUGGUCCAAACUAUUAGAGCCACCAAAUUUCUUUCAAAAAUACAGACAUUAUAUAGUACUGACUGCCAGUGCAUCAACAGAAGAGAACCAUCUAGAAUGGGUUGGAUUAGUAGAAUCUAAAAUCCGUGUACUUGUUGGAAACUUGGAACGGAAUGAAUUUAUUACUCUUGCCCAUGUGAAUCCCCAGUCAUUCCCAGGAAAUAAAGAACAUCAUAAAGCCAACAAUUACGUAUCAAUGUGGUUCCUUGGGAUAAUUUUUCGGAGAGUAGAAAAUGCAGAAAGUGUUAACAUAGACUUGACAUAUGAUAUCCAGUCAUUUACUGAUACAGUGUACAGGCAGGCAAACAAUAUAAAUAUGCUGAAGGAUGGGAUGAAAAUUGAAGCAACUCAUGUAAAGAAAAAGCAGCUUCAUCAUUACCUACCAGCAGAGAUUCUUCAAAAGAAGAAAAAGAGUCUUUCUGAUGUAAGUCGGAGUUCAGGGGGCCUUCAGUCCAAAAGAUCAUCUCUGGAUAGCACUUGUCUGGAUAGCUCCAGAGACACUGACAGUGGAACACCUUUUAACUCUCCGGUGUCUGCAAAUAAGCCUUCCAACCCAGACAGCCCCACAGGAGAAAUAGAAAGGAGUAGUGCUGAGCCUGUGGCUGUGGUUGUGGAGAAGCUGCCAAGUGUCCCCCCAGCUCAGGGGCUGUCCAUUCCAGUCAUUGGUGCAAAGGUUGACCCUACAGCAAAAGCUGUAUCCUCCCCAGCUGUGUGCACCAUUCCUACUGUAGUAGGACGGAAUGUUAUUCCUAGAAUCACAACACCCCACAACCCUGUCCAGGGACAACCACAUCUAAAUGGGAUAUCAAAUAUUACUAAGAAUGUUACACCCAAAAGAUCCCAUUCGCCACCUACAGAUGGGACUUCUAAGAGGCUGAAAGACAUAGAAAAGUUCAUUCGACUUGAGUCAGCAUUUAAGGAGUCCCGGGCUGCCGAGGAUCGGAAAAGAAAACCAAUGGAUUCGAUUGGUGGAGAAUCUAUGCCUAUUCCAACUAUUGAUACGGCACGCAAAAAGAGACUACCCAGUAAAGAACUCCCAGAUUCAUCAUCUCCAGUUCCAGCAAACAACAUCCGUGUCAUCAAAAACUCGAUCCGCCUGACCCUUAAUCGGUAAUAGCAGUGCCUCUUCACUUAGGUGAGCAUGCGUCAUGCAGUGCAUCGAUGGCAGCCAGUCUUCAAAGUAGAACCAGCUGCCAUACAGAUAGGUGACAGGGACAGUCGUCAGCCUAAUGACCUAGGAGUGGUUUUUGAACUCUCACACUGGAACCCUGAGAUGACGUAGCAGUCUCUCACUGGUUGCCGAGUCCACUCUGAGGAUACCUGCCAGUAAAUGUCACCUACAGUGUUAUGGCUUUGCAUUUUGAGGUUUUACUGCCUUAACUUUGGAUGUUUGUUGUUUCUCUGUUAUGGGAACCAGUUCUUGGUCACUUGGACUCUGAUAAAAACAAGUCCUGAACUGUUUUGUUUGGUUUUUUUUUUUUUUGUUUUUUGUUUUUAGUGUUAUGUUGUAAUCAUUGUAUAGAGCUGAAAAAGUUAAAAAACAAACAAAAAAAAGCCCUUCUCUUGUAAUUUUCCAAAUGUUUAUGUGUUUACUUUAGCAUUGAAGCCACUUUGUGAAACCUGAGAUUAAUGAAUGUGAGAUAUCUUUUCUGCUUCCUUCAUUUGUGUAGAUAUCUAUUUUGUUUAUUUAAAUUAUUUUUUCCAAACUGGCACAUGAAUAUUUAAACUAUUUUUUGUGCUUUUGUCCAAAUGUUGCGUAGUUACCAAGGAGGAUUAGUCCAGUGACUGACUACACAAGAGUUGGGCACCAUAAAUGUUUUGCCUCCCAUGGAGGCCUUCAAAAUGCAUCUUUAUUAAAAAUCAAACUAUAACCAGGAUACUGAAAGUCAGUAUAUGAAUGGUGAAAUUGUUACAUAUCUUACUAUCUCAUGGCAUUCUUGUUAGCUGAUUGGUAUUUUUUACAGAGGAAGAAUUCAUUCUGCCAUCAAUGAUAAGAUCCCUUUAAGUAUAGCAGACUUGUAUUUUUGAAGUAUAAAAGUAACUCAGCAUGGUAAUUGCUCACCAUAACUCCCCACAGUCGCCAACAGUUUCUUCAUGGAUUAGGCAUGCAGAAAUAAGCAGUGGAUUUUAUUGAAACCUCAAGGCAUUUCUGAAUGACAUUGUUACCAACCAUUAAUUGGCUCAGGACCUUUGUAGUUUUUAUUUAACUAUAUGAGUUGUCUUUUUUUACACUGCUUUUUUCAGUGCAUUUCUUAAUAUUUUUUAAGUUUCAUGAAUGCAUGCUCAGUUUAUGAAAAAUCCACAACCAUGUAAUUCUUGUAAUCUGUUGACUCCGUGUUUUGUAAAUGAAGCCGUAUGUAUUUUCAGAGUAUUUUUGUAUGUACUGUAAGAUAUCAUCUUUUCAAAGAGAAACUUUAAAACCUUUACUGUCUGUCUUUAAUUUUUUAAAUACACCUAAUUAAUAUAUUUAAAAUGGAACGCGGAUGCAUAGCCAGGAAUGCUGUGCAUGCCACCUUCAGCUUUCACUCAGUGCUCAUCAGGUGCAGAGGUGGGGGGUGGGGGUAGGGGGAUGUACACUGAAGCUAGAGUUAGUGGAGCAAUAGCAAACCAUUUUCACUUGCAAACCUUUACCACCCAUAUUAAAUUCCUAAGUUUUGAUUGUCAGAGUUCUGUAUCUUCCCUCUCCUGAUCUGUGGGUGUCUGAAAGGCAGGUUAUAGUGUUUAAUAUAUACAAAAGAAAAAUGGAAAAAAUUUGCUGAAAGCAGAUGGCAAGAGCUGAAAAAGAAGGGCUGUCCUGCUACCUACAUUCUCUAUCAAAGGCCACGGGGAGUCUCAGCUUCCUUGGCAAAGCUAAAUGUUUGGGAUUUGUUCUUCAGAUACUCUAGAGUGUGAAGCUGAAGAUUAUGAGAGGACUGUCACCUGACUGUGAACCUACGAAGAUGACUUGGUGUGGGGCCUGACUAAAUCUUAGGUCUGAGAAAGAAGCCUAUGGCACUAUGGUAGCUUUGUUCUUACACCAAGAGUCCAUUCACCAUGGUUAGUAGUGCAGCACCAGAAUCUACAAAGAGGGACUUACUUCAUCAGCUAGUCUGGCAGCUGAGGAAUUAGAUGGGUCUGAUAUGGUGGGCUAUUCAGAAGUGAAAGCUUCCUUCCCUGACUGGUAAGGGAGACUUCGUACAUUUCAUUACGAUUGUAGGGGGUGUCUGGAACGGUUCCAAGUAAGUAAAAAGGUGUGGGAUUUAGUUGUGUUUGCUGGCUGUUUUCACGUGCAUAGCUGUAGCUAGAAAUGUAUUCUAUAAAACCAAAUAACCUGCAGCUCUUAGACAAAUGUUCGUUUUCCUAAGGUACUGGACUUUAAUCUGCUCAUUUUUCAGAGACUGUUCUGGAGACUAACACAGGAAAACAUACCCGGAAGCUUCCGCUUUUGAGAAUUGAACCAAUUUGAGGUAGAGAGUACUUGGUUUAACAUCUUAUAAAACUGGAAGAAUUAAUUUUUAAAGUUUACUGAUGCUUAAAAUAAGUCUAAUUUUGUCUGAAGACUGCCAUUCAGUUAGUAAAAGGCUUACUAAUUUUGCAAUUAAGUGAAAAUGGACAGUGUCUAACUAACAGGCCAAUUUUUUUUUCCACAGCAUCCCCCAAAAUCUCACCUUGUAACCUUGCUGGCUUAGAUCAUGCUGGCUUACAGCUUUGGGUGAGCCUCCUUCCUCAGCACCUGGCUUGUCUCUUGGUUUUGAAAGGGGAAUUUCUGGCUUGAGGGUCAUGAGUACCUGACAAUCCUUUGGAAUUGUGUAUAAGGUUUCGUGCAUUUUUCCAGUCAAAGGAAGUUAGCUUUCAUCGGUUUCUCAGACUAGUCCAUGCCCUCAAAAAGGAGGCUGAGGAUUGAAACCAUCAAGAUUGAACAGUGCUAGAAUAUUUAUAAUUUACUCAUUUGAUUUUGCUGCAGUAGAUUUCUAAAUGGAAGGUGGCUCUUUAACAAGGUAGGUUAUGAUGGCCUCAGAAAUACUGUAUUCAUUGGGUUCUUUAUAAACCCUGGGUGAAGCUUAGCGAGGUUGCUAUUUAGGAAACUGUACUAUCAGCUUUCCUUUGCUAACUUAGACUCAUUAGCAAGGUCACUCAGAAUAGAGUAGCUUAGAAUGAGCCUCAAAGAUGAUAGAAAAAUAAAGAUCAGAACCCUUUAAGCUCCAUGCAUUCAAGCUCUCACUUGCUCCUCCAAGUUUGUUGUUCAGGCCAGAACAUACUAAACUUACCAAUAAAUAUAAAUGCUAUAGUUUUUUUACAUAUAUAUUUUGUAUAAACAAAUUUAUGUUUAAAUCAGUAACUACCUAGUAAAUCAUACAAAGCUUGGGAUUUGUGCAGAUGGUUGAAGGAAAUCAGUCUCACUAAUGACAACUGUUCCUUAGGACUUUCUAAGGGAAUUUUAUAAGGUCCUUUCCAAGUUUUCUGUUUUGGAAACAAUCUAAUAAUUUUGUAUUUGAAUUUAAUUGAACACAAGAUUAUCAAAUUUGUUAAAAUGUUUUAAAGACUUAUUUUUGAUUAUGUGAUUGUGGGUGUGUAAUGUGAGUGCAGUGCCCACAGAGGCCAGAAAAGGAUACCUGAAGAACCCCUGAAGCUGAAGUCAUAGCUGUUGUAAGCUGCUCAACAUGGGUGCUGGGAACCAAACUUAGGUCCUCUGGAAGAGCAGUCAGAAUUCUUCACUGCUGAGUCAUCUCUCUAGCCUCUAAAUGUGUUAAAAUUUUAACCUGACUUUUGAAAAGACCCAUAUAGAAUAUCUUUGAUGGCCAUGGUGCUGCAUCACACCACAGUGUUUGUACAGUGGCUGCAGCUGGAUAGUUGUGUGGUACUUGUUAGUUUUGUCUUAUUUUAUAAUUGUAUACAUGAGCUUCAUUUGUCUGGAAUAAGUAAUCUAAUAAACGUUCUUUGAUAAAUA